CAUUGAAAUUUCUUUCAAAUGAUUGUGGAGAGUGGCCACUCAAAAUAAAUGACGAGGCACGGAAAAUACUUGUGGAAUGAGGACCUCAGCAAGUCAGAGGCAUAAAGUUUCCUAAGGACAUUCAUGGUAGAAAAUUUUCCCCAUUUCAUUAUACAAGGAAGUUGUGUAACGGAGAGCGUGUCAACAGAUAUUGGCUACAGUAUUCUGUAUCAAAAAAUGCAGUGUUUUGUAUUACUUGCAAAAUUUUUGGAAACGACACAUCCGUUCUUGCAGGUAGCCAAGGGUCUUCUGACUGGCGGAACUUGGGCAGGCUUUUGACCAGUCACGAGAAAUCCCGUCCUCAUAUGAAAAACCGUUCAUCUUGGCAUGAGCUCUCUCAGCGUUUGCAUUUAAACAAAACUAUCGAUGCAGAGCAUGAAAGACUUAUUAAUGCUGAAAUUAAACAUUGGGAUCAAAUUCUGAAACGCUUGCUAUGUGCUACACGGUUUUUGGGGGUUCAAGGAUUGGCAUUUAGAGGGACAAAAGAUGUUCUAUUUCAACCUAAUAAUGGCAACUUUUUAAAAUUGGUAGAACAUAUAGCACAGUUUGAUGAUCCAAUGGCUGAACAUGUGAGAAGAGUCACUUCCAAAGAAACACAUGUCCACUAUUUAAGCAAACAUGUCCAGAACGAGUUUAUUGCUUUCUUGGCAGGCAAGGUCCAGAAUAAUAUUUUGCAACAACUACACGAGGCAACAUAUUAUUCUAUUAUAUUAGACUGCACUCCCGAUAUUAGCAACACCGAACAAAUGACAUUGGUGGUUAGAUUUGUUACAUGUAAAGCAAAUGAAGAUGUUUCAAUUACGGAACAUUUUUUAGGCUUUGUUCCUGUUGCCAAUCCUUCAGGUGAAGGUAUGACAGAAAUAUUACUCCAAGAGCUGGAAGCACGACGUAUUCCGUUAAAAAACAUGAGAGGCCAGGGCUAUGAUAAUGGUUCUGCAAUGAAGGGAAAACAUGUUGGAGUCCAGAGGAGGAUACUUGAUUUAAAUCCUAGAGCCUUUUAUGUACCAUGUGAAAACCACUCCCUGAACUUGGUCGUAAAUGAUGCAGCUAUGUCUUGCAAGAUUGCAGCAGACUGUUUUGCCACCGUACAAGACCUCUAUAACAUUUUUUCAGGUUCCCCAGUAAGAUGGGGUAUUUUGUUGAAGCAUGUUUCAACUCUCACACUCAAACCACUUAGCAGUACUAGGUGGGAAAGUAGAAUCGAAGCAGGGGGUUGGACUAGAUGGCCCAUGUGGUCUCUUCCAACUCUACUAUUCUAUGAUUCUAUGAUUCAUUGAUGCCUUUGAGGUUCCAUAUUGAAGAAGUAUAUGAUGCCUUAUAUGAAGCUUCUCAUGAUCAGAAAUUUGAUGCACUUACUAGGAGGCGUGCUGGUGCUCUUUUAAAA